AUGGAACCGGCUUUUUUCAGGUGGGCCCGACCACUCGGUGAGGUGGAAGUUAAGAUACGUGCUCUUUUACCACAACUGGAAAAUUGGUUAAAUGGAACGUUUCUGUCAACCAUGCCAGGCGAGAGCCAUUCAGACAACCCUGGCAUUCUCCUACCAACUGUGGAUAUUGAUAUCCCCCUCGCACCAAUCCGGGACAUACUAUAUGAAGGCUUCGGGAUAUACACCCUUCUGCGCACAUACAAAGAAACGUUCACCCCAUUAAAUUUUUGCUCGGCCCUUUACACGGUGCUUUAUGUUAAUGAGCCCGCCUUAAUUGGCCAUAGGAAAGUUACUCUGGGCCAGUCAGUAUGGGUCAGUCAUCAGUCAGCCUUAUCCGCAGGUCUCAUAGUCUUGGUCUGUAAAGCACCCGACACAGUUGACGACCCGACAGUUUAA